AUGGAACCAGUGGAAGCCGUAUGCGCGAUCCCGGCGCCCCCGGAGGGUGCGCGCAUUUUUCGUGCGGACGCCAACCGGACCUUCCGCAGCGAGCCGAACAGACUUGUUUGCAUCAAACUGCUUUCCUUCUCGCAGCAGAAGUUCGGCGACUACCAGCAAUCACUGGGGUACGUGGCCGGGCUACUGCUGUUGUUCUUUGAUCCAGCGACGUGCUUCAAGGUUUUGACUGUCUUGAACGACAGCCCCAAGUACUUGCCCGGCUACUGGCGCGGCGAGGCAACUGCUUGCGCAGUGGAUGGCUACGUUUGUGAGGGCUUGUUGAAGCCACACAUGCGGGCGAAGCUGAAGGAACUUGGGCUGCUACCCGAGACCUUCGUGCAGAAGUGGUUCGCGGGGCUUUGCAUCCAUCAUUUGCCAUACGGCCUCCUCUUCGACUUCUUAGACCAGUUCUUUCAACAUGGCAACAGCUUUUUGUUUCAAUUCUUCUUAGCUUUCUUUGACACCUUUGAGGCCGAAAUCAUGAGCGCUGCAAACAACCCCGAGGCCAAUAUGCUGAUCCGCUUUGAGUCGGCUCCAGAGCCACGGCUCCGCCAGGCUUUACAGGAUGCCACUGCUGAGAGAUAUGUGGCCACCAUCAAGUCGCUUGAUGUCCAUCAGUGUCGGAUUUCUGCUUUUCAGGAGGCCUUGUCCCGAAGAUUGCAGAGCGCCAAUGAAGGAAUGUGGCGUGAGGUUUGGCUCCAUCAGUUUUCUUUGAGAUCGGCCGAAGUGCAGAGUAGCCAGCAGCUGUUUCUGCCAUGGGAUGUUCUGGGAGCCAACCACAGCAACAUUGCCAACGUCAUCACCGCGACUCUGAUUGGUGAGCGAGGUAUCUUUGCUGAGAAUUGGAUUUGGCGGUUCGAGAGCUGUUGCAAGGCUGGCAUUAAUACCUCUGGAGCUAAUGCAGGGUUGGAGGCUCAGCGGCAAGUGAACUCUAUCGCUCAAGGAGACGCCAUGGAAAGGCCAUUGCAGCUGGGACUAUCAGUGAAGUGGGGCUGUAACGGACAGAAUCAACACCUGGAAAUUGGUCUAGUGCUUGCAGCGCAGUUUCGUGCCCUGGCACUUGGAGCGGCAACACCCGCAGCAACUGGAGAAGUGCAGGUGCUGACUGCAAGCAACUUUUCCACCAGCGUUCGUGAGGGCAUGGAGCAGCCGUGGUUUGUGGAAUUCUACUCUCCACACUGCGGGCACUGCAAGCGUUUGGCGUCAGUGUGGGAACAGCUGGCGAAACAGCUUGAAGGUAAGGUCGCGGUGGCCAAAGUGGAUGCCACCUACGAGGAGAGCCUGGCUGAUGAAUGGGAUGUGACAGGUUAUCCCACCUUAGUUCUGGUGGCGGGUGGAAAGCGAUACGAUUUUCGCGGUGGAAGGAGCCUCGAAGCACUGAAGUCCUUUGCGCUGGGUGGCUACCUUCAAUCGCAGGAGCCUUCAACUGAGAGUUCACCAGCGUUUGGAGGCGAACAUGUCCUGAGCCUUUCAGGCGACAUGGAAGAGGUGGUGCGGUCGUCUGCAAAAGCCAUGUUCAUCGUCUUCUACCUGCGAGGUUGUGGACACUGCAGGAGCAUGGAAAGCACCUGGGGAUCCCUAGCACUCGAACUCAAAGAUCAAGUUCAGGUGGCUAGCUUAGACGCACAACAAUUUCGACCUUUGACGGAACUGUGGCGCGUCGAGCGUUUUCCAACCAUGAAGCUGGUGGCAGGCAAUCGCGUCUAUGACUUUGAGGGAGACCGUGAAGUGGAGGACCUCAAGGCCUUUGCCCUAAAGGGCUUCUCGGCCCUGCCGGGUGAGCCCCUGCCGCCGCGGCUGAGCGAUCUGCCGAGUUCGACGGCGCAGCCAGGAGGGGCUCCGCGCUCGAAUUCCAUACAUUUGGCAGUUGGAUUCGGCCUUGGCAUGGUUUGUGCUGCUGCAGCAUGGGCCAUGUGCACAUGCUUGAGGCCAGCCAGCCCAGCGAGCUCAAAGCCCGCGGCCGAGAAAGAGGUGAAAGGCGACUGA